AUGGGUUGCGCGUUGAACUAUGACGACGUCUUCAAUCAAACGACUGCCGAGAACAUGUCUGUCUACAUUGGGGGUGUCGCGCAAGGUGUCAGCGAGGAGGAUAUCCGAGCCAACUUCCAACAAUUCGGCUCAAUUGAUGAGAUUCGCCUUUUCAAAGCACAGGGAUACUCCUUCGUGCGCUUCCACAGCAAGGAGUCUGCUUGUCGUGCAAUCUGCGAAAUGAGCGGCAAGGAAAUGUGCGGACAAGUGGUGCGAUGCAGUUGGGGAAAGACCGAUGCCGGUGGUGGCGCUGGACGUGGAAGUGGCCCCGCGCAGCCUGGCCCCGGUGGUUAUGGAUAUGGUUACGGAUCGGCCGGAGCCUACAACCAAACCCAAACGGCCCCGGCUGGACUCGGAACUGGGGCUGCCGGUGGCUACAACCAGCAAUACUAUCAGCAGUACUACAACCAGUACUACCAGAACCCACAAUAUCAACACGGUGGCUACUAUCGCGGCGAAAACCAG